AAAACCCUAUCUCCCUUCAUUUCGCUUCCCAGCUGAGAGGCGCACACACACACCUAACGAGAGAGAAAAACACAUCAACAAAACACAUCAACAAUGGUGUCAGGUUCAGGAGUUAUGGCGAAGCGCGUUGUGGUGGAUGCGCGCCACCACAUGUGUGGGCGUCUCGCCUCGAUUGUUGCGAAGGAGCUUCUCACCGGCCAACGCGUCGUCGUCACUCGUUGCGAAGCCAUCGCACUAUCCGGAGGUCUUGUUAGGCAGAAGAUGAAGUACCUUCGUUUUCUUCGUAAGAGGAUGAACACUAAGCCUUCUCAUGGCCCCAUUCAUUUCCGUGCUCCUUCCAAGAUCUUCUGGCGUACUGUUAGAGGUAUGAUUCCUCACAAGACCAAGAGAGGAGCUGCUGCUUUGGCAAGGUUGAAGGUGUAUGAAGGCGUUCCCCCACCUUAUGACAAAAUCAAGAGGGUUGUUGUUCCAGAUGCUCUUAAGGUUUUGAGGCUGCAGAAGGGUCACAAGUACUGCUUGCUGGGUCGUCUAUCUAAAGAAGUUGGCUGGAACCAUUAUGACACCAUCAGGGAGCUCGAAGAGAAGAGGAAGGAGCGAUCUAAGGCUGUUUACGAAAGGAAGAAGCAGCUCAAUAGACUGAGGGUGAAGGCUGAGAAGACUGCCGAGGAGAAGCUUGGAUCUCAGCUAGAAAUUCUUGCCCCAGUCAAGUACUGAGCUUAAGAGAUGAUUGCUUGCGGUUUUGUUAAAACUAGACGAAUAGAGUUUUCGGUGUUAUGCCAUUUUGUGUUCCUUAAUCUUGAAUUAUGUUAUACUUCCAUCGUAGCAGAUAUGUUUCACUUUGCUAUUAAUUUUGAAGUUUUGUUGGGCUCUUACUUUGAAUCUACAUAUUAUUUCGUCAA